CAAUCACGCCUCCUAUUGGCUGCCUUUGGAUCACAUACUUGCAAAACUGUUUACGAUUGGACGGUAGCCGGACUACUUAUUGGCGCUGCUGAUGCGCGUCCGGUCCUUUUCUCUCCACGUUUAUCGGGAGGACCUCCAUACGGCGUUGUCUCCAGUUCCCCAUCGUAGCUUCCCCGGGGUAUUUCACGAUGUCCGGAGGUCUUGAUGUCCUGCAAAUGAAGGAGGAAGAUGUCCUCAAGUUCCUGGCUGCAGGGACCCACUUGGGCGGCACUAACCUUGACUUCCAAAUGGAGCAGUAUAUCUAUAAGAGGAAGAGUGACGGUAUCUACAUUAUAAACCUGAAGCGCACAUGGGAGAAGCUGCUGCUUGCUGCCCGGGCCAUUGUUGCCAUUGAGAACCCAGCUGAUGUGUGUGUCAUUUCUUCCAGGAACACUGGUCAGAGAGCGGUGUUGAAGUUUGCAUCUGCCUGUGGCGCCACGCCAAUCGCCGGCCGCUUCACUCCUGGUACCUUCACCAAUCAGAUUCAGGCAGCUUUCCGUGAGCCCCGUCUGUUGGUUGUAACUGACCCUCGAGCGGAUCAUCAACCUCUUACAGAGGCGUCUUACGUGAAUAUUCCCACAAUUGCCCUCUGCAACACAGAUUCUCCUCUGCGCUAUGUGGAUAUUGCCAUUCCCUGCAACAACAAGGGAGCCCAUUCAGUUGGCCUGAUGUGGUGGAUGUUGGCUCGUGAAGUUCUCCGUAUGAGAGGCACCAUUUCUCGUGAGCAUCCAUGGGAGGUUAUGCCUGAUCUGUACUUCUACCGUGAUCCAGAAGAGAUUGAGAAAGAAGAACAAGCCGCUGCUGAGAAGGCUACCACAAAGGAAGAAUACCAGGGCGAAUGGACUGCUCCUGUGGCCGAAUUUACUACAACUGAGGUUGCGGACUGGUCAGAGGGAGUGCAGGUUCCUUCAGUGCCCAUUCAACAGUUUACUGCUGAACGCCCUGAAAUUGCAGCUCCCAAAGUUCCAGCUGUAGCAGAAGACUGGAGUUCACAGCCCGCAAGCACAGAUGACUGGUCUGCCGCCCCAACUGCUCAAGCUUCCGAGUGGGUUGGAACAACCACUGAAUGGUCUUAGAAGAAACAUCUGUCACUUAUUUCAGUGCCUGCUAUGGCUCAAUAAAAAACUGGUUUUCAAACUAAA